AUGGGACACCGGAAGUCGACGAAGCAAUCAGCGCCAAACAGACCUGCGCACAACCAGUUUCUGAUCGGCUGUCAACUUCUCGCCCGCCUUUGUGACUGUUUUUCAUACCGGAUGUCACAUUACAGCUCUCCACCAUAUUCGUCUGUGCUAGAUCAGCGGGUGGCCGUCCUCGAGAACUCAGAAUUCUUUUUACACAACGUGAAUCACUUUAAAGAUGAUGUGGAUUACUCUCAUAUUCCCUCUCCUUCUCUUUUGCUUUCUAUCCGUACUACAACUUCUUAUUCCUUAAUUUUCAAUAUUUCUUUCUUUCCUUCGUCUUCAAUCUAUUAUAGUACUUUCUAUUCCUUAUUUCUCUCUCCCUUUCCAUUUCUUUUUUUUCUUCUUCAAUACUUUAUAGUAUUCCUAUUCCCUAAUUAUCUAUCUCUAUUUCUAGAGUAUUAUAGUAUUCCUUUCUCUAUUUUUCAGUUUGUCUCUUUUUUUCUUUCUUCUUCAAAAAAAGUAAUUUAUGCUAUUCCUUUCAAUAUUUUCUUCUCUUUCUUUAUUUAUUUUUCUUUGUUUUUCUUUCUUUCUUUCUUCAAAUCUUUAAUAAUCUUCCUUUUCCCUAAUUAUAUCUCUAUCAUUAUUUUUCUUCCUUUCUUUCUCUGUCUUUCUUUCUUUCUUUCUUUCUUUCUUUCUUUCUUUCUUUCAUUCUUUCUUUCUUUCUUUCUUUCUUUCUUUAAUAAAAGUUUUAUAUUAUUUCUUCCACUAUUUUCUCUCUUUCUCUUCUUUUAUUAUCUUCCUUUUCCCUGUCUUCACCAUUUUUCUUUCUUUCUUUCUUUCUUUCUUUCUUUCUUUCUUUCUUUCUUUCUUUCAACGAACCAUACCUUUUUUUCUCUAUUUUGUAUUUCAUUACUUUCAAUAUCUAUAUAUUUGAAUAAUCCUUUUCUUAACCACAUCCCAUUCUUUACUUAUUUUGAAAUGGUAUCAUUUUUAACCAAGUUUUCGUUUUCUUUUUACUAUUUCCUGACAAAUUCUAUCAAAACCACAUACACUCUCUCUCUGCAUAUCUAUCUAUCUAUCUAUCUAUCUAUCUAUCUAUCUAUCUAUCUAUCUAUUAUAUACCCGGGCGGAUGUAUUUGGAAACAAGUGACCACCCAUUAUCUAUCUAUCUAUCUAUCUAUCUAUCUAUCUAUCUAUCUAUCUAAUUCUAUUCUAUAUCUAUCUAUCUAUCUAUCUAUCUAUCUAUCUAUCUAUCUAUCUAUCUAUCUAUCUAAAUAG